UACAGUGGAGGGCUCGAGAUCCUGUUCGCCAACCAGAAAAAGUAUGACCUCGACUUACCGGCCAAGGACGAGUCGGGUGAGCCAGCAAGUGUUGCGUUCCUUGUCAGACAUCUCUGUGACAAGGUCAUGAAAGACCCGCGGAAAGAGCUCUUCGUCCUUGACGAUACGGUGCGACCUGGAAUACUAGUUCUAAUCAACGAGGCAGACUGGGAGUUGGAGGGCGAAGACAAGUACGAAGUUCAAAAGGGUGAUCACAUCAUGUUCGUGUCUACGCUUCAUGGAGGAUAG